AUGCUGGCCCAAACAGCUCUGAGUAACUUUAGACAAGAAUUGCAAUUCCACAGGUUGUCGAAAAUAAGUAGCAACAUCAAAGUUGAGGUACUUAGAGGCAGACAGAGACAACAAGUCUCCAUUUUCGAUACUGUAGUUGGAGAUGUUGUGCUUCUGAAGUUGGGAGAUCAAAUACCUGCAGACGGAUUGUUCCUAGACGGCCAUUCCUUACAAGUGGACGAAUCGAGCAUGACGGGAGAGAGUGACCAUGUAGAAGUUGAUUCUGCCAAGAACCCCUUCCUGUUGUCUGGUGCAAAGGUAGUAGACGGCUAUGCCCAAAUGCUCGUCACAUCAGUUGGGAUGAACACGGCUUGGGGCGAAAUGAUGAGCUUAAUAUCGCAGGACACAAACAAAAGAACACCAUUACAAGCAAGGCUUGACAAACUAACCUCUUCUAUUGGAAAAGUAGGCCUUAUAGUUGCUUUCCUAGUUCUGGUAGUCUUGUUGAUUCGUUAUUUCACCGGUAACACAAAAGAUGAGUACGGAAAUAAGGAGUAUAGUGGUAGCAACAAAAACAUAGAUAAUGUGUUGAACGGAGUGGUUCGAAUUGUUUCUGCUGCAGUCACUAUUGGGGUGGUGGCAAUCCCAGAGGGUUUGCCGUUGGCGGUCACACUAACGCUAGCUUACUCAAUGAAAAGAAUGAUGAAAGAUCAGGCUAUGGUCAGAAAACUACAAGCUUGUGAGACAAUGGGAUCAGCAACCGUUAUUUGUACAGACAAAACAGGUACUUUGACAAAAAAUGAAAUGGAAGUCACUAAGUUUUGGCUUGGCCAAGAACCUAUUGAAAAACAUAAUUCAAUCAAACAAAAUGUCUCUGAAUUAUUCCAUCAAGGAGUUGGUUUGAACACAACUGGGAGUGUUUACAUACCUCUCUCAGGAUCCAAACCUAACAUCUCUGGCAGUCCAACAGAAAAAGCUAUUCUGUAUUGGGCUGUUUCAGAUUUGGGCAUGGACAUGGAAAAAAUGAAGCUUAGUUAUGAUAUUCUUCAAGUUGAAACAUUUAACUCAGAUAAGAAACGAAGCGGAGUUCUUAUAAAGAAAAAGGAAGAUAAAUCCAUCCAUGUGCACUGGAAAGGAGCUGCUGAGAUGAUAGUUGCCAUGUGCUCAAGUUAUUAUGAAACCGACGGAGCUAUAAAGUCGUUGGAUGAAGAAAGUAGGUCUAACAUUGAGAAAAUAAUCCAAGGCAUGGCAGCUAGCAGCCUCCGGUGCAUUGCUUUUGCUCACACACAAAUUUUAGAGGAAGAAAUUGAAUACAGCAAUGAUGAGAAGACUCACCCAAGGCUCAAAGAAGAUGAACUGAUCUUGCUAGGAGUAGUUGGUCUCAAAGAUCCAUGUCGACCAGGGGUCCUCAAUGCCGUGAAGAUCUGCAAGUCUGCAGGUGUGCAAAUCAAAAUGAUAACGGGAGACAAUGUUUACACAGCAAAAGCCAUAGCUACAGAAUGCGGAAUACUGCAGAUUGAGGACGAAGCAAAUUAUGGUGAACAAGUGAUAGAAGGAGUCGAGUUUCGAAACUAUACACACGAAGAGAGAAUGGAAAAGGUUGAUAACAUCCUCCUGAUGGCCAGAUCCUCCCCGUUCAACAAGCUUCUGAUGGUGCAAUGCUUGAAGCAGAAAAAUCAUGUGGUUGCAGUCACAGGAGACGGCACCAACGACGCACCUGCAUUGAAAGAAGCUGACAUAGGACUCUCCAUGGGGAUCCAGGGCACUGAGGUGGCGAAAGAGAGCUCGGACAUCAUCAUAUUGGACGACAACUUCAACUCUGUGGCCACAGUUUUGAGAUGGGGCAGAUGCGUUUACAACAACAUACAGAAAUUCAUACAAUUUCAGCUUACUGUCAAUGUGGCAGCUCUGGUUAUCAACUUCAUUGCAGAAGUUUCAGCUGGAGAUGUUCCCUUAACAGCUUGGUGCUCUGGCUCUUGCAACCGAGCGGCCUACCAAUGA